AUGGGCGCGCGCUGCCGCACCGGAGCCUCCGGGAGCUGGCGCGGCGCGGGACGUGCUCAAGACGCACGACGCCGACUGCUGCAGCCGCCCCGACACGCCGGGGCCCAGGCGGCUGUCGUACCAGCACAACGACGUGGCCUUCAGCCCUUACAGCGACCACUGGCGCGAGCGGCGCAGGCUCCUCGUCGUCGAGUUCCUCAGCAAGCGCCGCAUCCAGGCCACUUGAUGGAGAAACUCAUCAGCAAACUAAGCAGCGUGGGACGGCGUAGACGACCUGUGUUCCUGGAGGACCACAUCUUCGGGUACAUGGACGGCAUCGUGGGCACGGUGGCGUUCGGCAACAUCUACGGGACGGAGCACUUCGCGUACAAGGAGCACUUCCACCACGUGAUCGACGAGGCCAUGGUGGUGCGGUCCAGCUUCUCCGCCGAGGACUACUUCCCCAACGCCAUCGGCCGCCUCGUCGACCGCCUCACCGGCGUCGCCUCCCUCCGCGAGAGGGUGUUCAGGGAGUUCGACGCCUUCUUCCAGAUGAUGCUCGAGCAGCACCUCGACCCCACCCGCCGCCCCAAGCAGCCCGACAACAAUGGCUGCGGCGGCCUCAUCGACGUCCUCGUCGGCCUCAUGAAGGAGCACCAGCAGCAAGGCUCUUUUCAGAACACAUUUAUCGGUGCCGUCGACACGGGCGCGGUGACCAUCAUCUGGGCAAUGGCGGAGAUGGUCCGGAAGCCGAAGGUGCUGAGGAAGGCGCAAGAGGAGAUCAGGGCCGUGGCGGGCAGCAAAGGGCGAGUGCAGCAAGCCGACGUGGCGAAGCUCAGGUACCUCACGGCGGUGGUCAUGGAGACGCUGCGGCUGCACCCGGCGCUGCCGCUCCUGGUGCCGAGGGAGACCAUGCGGCGCAUCACGGUGUCCGGGUACGACGUGCCGGCGAGGACGAGGGUGUUCGUGAACGCGUGGGCCAUCGGCAGGGACCCGGCGAGCUGGGACGACCCCGAGGAGUUCGUCCCGGAGAGGUUCGACGGCGACGUGGCCGCCGCCAGCUUCUUCAACCGGGCGCGGUUUGAGUUCCUGCCGUUCGGCGCCGGGCGCAGGAUGUGCCCCGGGAUAGACAUGGGGUGGCCACCACGGAGUUCACGCUCGCCAACCUGCUCUACUGCUUCGACUGGGAGCUCCCGGAGGGGGUGA